UUAUUUCAAAGUCCUUGCCUAUCUGGUAAGGGUGGUUCUCUAUCCCUCCGCCACCGACUUCCGGUAAUCUUCUCCGAUUGCCAAAAUAACGAUCGUCGUAUAAGAAAUAGACCAGGCGGUCGGUCGUAGUUGGUGGCUCGGAGGUUUGAUUACUUUGAUUGAUCAGUGCUUCUGCAUGAUUUGUCGUUGCUAAUCCUUACAGUUGAAGAGUUAAGGGGACAACACUUGUUGAUUGUGUCAUUCUAGUUUGGAAUUGGAGAGCAUGUCAAGCGGUCGAAACACCCAUUGGUGCUAUAGGUGCAGGCGGCCGACUCAGCUGCAAGGGCAAGAUGCGGUCUGCCGAAACUGCAGUGGGGGAUUUGUUCAAGAACUUGAUGACAUGGUUCAUAUCAGCUCACUGGAUUUCUUUGGACCUCAAAACGAUGAGGAUCAUGAUAGACGGUUUGGGUUCAUGGAAGCUUUCUCAGCUUGGCAGCAGUUGGCAGACAGAAGAGGUGAUAUUGUGCGGGGUCGAUCAGAUUUAGUUCCUGAACAUUCCCCGGGGUUUUCCCCUUUGUUGAUUUUUGGUGGCCAAAUUCCUUUCCGCUUGUCUGGGAAUGGUGCAUUUGAAGCUCUGUUCAAUGGGUCUCCUGGAGUAGGUGUGACACGGGGUAAUGUGGGUGAUUAUUUUGUUGGUCCUGGCUUGGAAGAAUUGUUUGAGCAGCUUUCAGCUAAUGAUAGGAGGGGUCCUCCCCCUGCAUCGAGGGGUUCUAUUGAUGCAAUGCCAACUAUCAAGAUCACAAACAAGCAUCUUCGUUCUGAUUCACAUUGCCCUGUUUGCCAAGACAAAUUUGAGUUGGGAUCUGAAGCGAGGCAAAUGCCAUGUAAACAUGUAUAUCACUCAGAUUGUAUUGUACCAUGGCUAGUCCAGCAUAAUUCAUGCCCUGUUUGCCGCCAAGAACUAAAUCCGCAAGGAUCUGCAAGUGGUCGUAAUGAAAACAGUAGAAGUAGAAGCAGUGGUAAUACCAGUGGAAGAGAGACUGGUAGGGAAAGCCAAGGAAGACGAAAUCCAUUUUCUUCUCUGUGGCCGUUUCGCGCUUCUAGUUCUAGCUCUAGUUCUAACCGUAACCCACCACAUGAAAGCAGCCCACCAACAGCGCGUGAGAAUAGAAAUGAAAUGGAGUAUUCAGGAUGGCCCUUUGACUAUUAAGAUGUUGCUAUGUUGCUUGCUUUCCUUGGGAUCUGAAUCGAAAGCUUACUGCAAUUUGUGUCUGGUCAGUUCAGUCUUAGACUCCAUUGUGCUUUUUUUGUUUAAAAGGGUGUAUGAACGGUCGUUUGGUGUUUAAAUACCUCUUUCCAUGUGAAUAACUAUUCCUUCUUCUGGUAAGUGUAUGUUUCUAAAUAUAUUACAUAUAUUUUCCUCA